AUGACGAAAUAUCAGGGAAGUAAAUAUCUAUUACAAAUAAUCAAACAGGUGCAUCUAGAACUAUGUAAAGUAUCAAGGACAAUAUGCGUUAUCUUCGGUAUACAGAUAUCUUGCGAUAUAGGAGUGGUUGUUAUUGGUUUCACCGAAAUUCUCUACAGUUUAUACAUUCGAUAUAUUAAUCGACAACACAAGAUUACAGACAGUUUGUUGCAAGAAACAUCUGUGACAAUAAUGUUGGUUACUAUUCAUAUUUUAAAAAUUAUAUUUUUAAGUCGCGUUUGCAAACAUGCAGUCGAUAAGGGAAAUAAAACUAUUGAAAUUAUUUACUCGAUUUAUGGAUGCGAAGAUGCAUCUGAUGUACAAGAGGAGAUUCAACAAUUUAGUAUUCAAAUAUUACAAAGGCCAUUAAAAUUCUUCGCAUUUGGCAUUUCUUUGGAUAACCAUGUUCUAAUUAUGAUACUAAAAGCUGUAACAACCUAUUUAAUUGUCAUGAUACAAGUGAGCAAUUUAUUAGAAUCUUAA